AGAGAGAGAGAGAGAGAGAUUUGUUUUGAUUUUUUAGAAAUCUUUAUUUUCUUAAAACAUGAAAACAUUGCCAAGGCAAUAAAUUCGACCCAAAUCAACAAAACAAAACAUGCUCAUGUUCAGGCUCUUUAGACUCUGUUUCACUGAAUGAUGGUCCUGAGACCCCAUUCAGCUCUACAAUAAAUCCUUGAUCUGGAAAUAGAUCUGUAGAAUCAGGAGCUUCCUCUCCUCUGUCGUCCUUCAGCAUCUCGACCUCGUCCUCCGUCAGUCUCUCCAACCUGCUCAGGAUCCUCCUGCUCUGCCGGAUGGAAUCCAGCCCGAGAAGAGAGUCCACUGCAGGUGCAUUUCUCAGUCCAGGAACAUCUACCUCCACCAGUGUCCUCAGGGUGGUGGUCCCAGAGGACCACAGCAUGUUGUUCAGACCUGGAGUCGUGCUGUCCUGGAUGUCCAUCUUGGCUCCGUUCACCAGCGGUUCCUGAAGCAGCCAGUGUGGGCAUGUGGGCUCCGGUCUCUUAUUUUCCAUUCGCUCCAUCAUUGUUCAGCUCUUUCUUUAAAAUCUCAACAAUUUUUUUUCAGUCUGAAGCCUUCUUGCUCUGUGAGACCUCCUCUGUCUUUACUCCUCAUGUGUGCUCUGACAGAGUUUAAGAGCUUCUCUUUGUCAGAGAUGUAGUCCUCCACUUUAGCUCCACUUACAUUCUUACUCUUCAUCAGAUAGUCCUGUAUCUCCUCCACACUGUAGCCUUCAGAGCUCUUACAGCUGCCAGCCCUGUAUUCAGAGAGCUCACUGUCAGCAGCAGCGUCCUUCUCCAGACUGGACUCACACCCAGCUGCUCCUAUACUUUCUGUCGUUGCCACUUUCUUGGCCUGUGAGUUUCCACUAUUCCCUCUCUGUUUCCUCUUCAGCUGAGGGGCUUUGUGUUGCUCCUCGUCUUCCUCCAUGUCUACCUCACUGCCUGACUCCACCUGUCCUCCAGUUCUCUCUCUCACUUGUCUCCUCUUCCCUCACCUCCUGGGCCCCACUUGUCUCCUCCACCAUCACCUCAUGUGCCCCACCCGUCUCCUCCACCCUCGCCUCUUGGGCCACACUUGUCUCCUCCACCCUCACCUCUUGGGCCACACUUGUCUCCUCCACCCUCACCUCUUGGGCCACACUUGUCUCCUCCACCCUCGCCUCCUGAGCUCCACUUGUUCCCUCCUGUCUGUCCUGCUUGUCCCCUCUGCCCUCCUCAGUACCUCUCUGGUUCUGGUCUUCAUGAGAACCGUUUUUCCCAGGACAAGCUCUGCUCUGAUGUCCUUCUUUCCCACAGCUGUAACAUUUAAAAAUUACAUAAUCAAAGUCCUCUACAGUGAUUCUGAACACGAGGUUGACCUCCCUGCUCCUGUCGUUAGGGAUCAUUAGCACAUGUCUCCUGUGAGACACCACGUGUUUUAACAGCGGAGAUUUAAACCCAGAGGACACUCCUAACCGGAGACACCACCUUCCCGUGUUUAGACAGCUCUCUGAUUAUUGUGUCGUUUCUAAUAAACGGAGGAACGUUGGACACAGUAACUUUUACUGCCGGUGAGCUGAGAGGGUAAACGGGCAGGAAGUGUUCACCCACCUCGAUCCCGUUCUCCAACACCACUUCCGCAGCUUCUAAACUAUCUAAAAAUAUGACCACAGCGUUGUUCAUCCGCGCUGCGGACUUCAGCUCCCCCACUGCCAGGGUGAUUCCUUCCACUGAACACCCGAACAGCGGUCAGAUCCGUCAGGCCCAUGGUGGUGUUUAGCAGCCGACAGCUCACGCUGAUCAGCUACAAACACCCACAAACAAAGACCCUAAAACCCCCUAAAUGUGCACACAAACCCGUGAACCCUACACACUACACUAUCAUACCCAACAUUACCCAGUGAAGAAAAAUGUCGAAAAAUCGCUAAUAUCGCUCUCAAAACCACGCUCCUUCAGCUCCGUGCUCCUUCGAGAGAGAGAGAGAGAGAGAGAGAACAUUUUGAGUGUCAUUUUCGUUAAUUUAUUAACCCCUGCAGGACUUUAACAGCUCUUAUGUGUUUCAGCAAGAUUUCUGCUCAAUUUUUAAAACUGAAAUCCCACAUAUGUGUUCUCUGAGUUGUCGAGAAUAAAAAUGUGAUAUUUUGAGAAGAACUUUACUAUAUUUCAAGAAAAAAUGCACCGGUCUAUAAAACCGACUCUAAACACAAAACUCUUCUGAUCAGGUAUUCAUCUCACCAUCAUGUAUCCUUUAGUCCACACAAAUGAUAACUUCACCACCCCUGAUAAAGUUCAGUAGAUCCACCUCAUCACAAACAUUCAAACCAGCAGAGGUAUUUGUGUUUGUGCUAGUGAGCCUUAACUAUUCCAUUAACACCUUUCACUUGUCAAAUAAGCUGACUCAGAUCUCAUCAUCCAUCACAUUCCUCACCGCAGCCGAUGAAAUCAGCAUCGAUGUUAUAGAAAUCCAAAGAUAAUGUGAACGAGUUGCUCAAAUACUGGUAGGGUUGUCCCAGCUAGUAACAGUAACGAAGGAAGAGCAGGACUUAGACUUACACUGCCCUAACUUAAAAGAGAGACACCCCUGUGCACCAGUGUUAAUCUGAGCAUACAAGUUGAAAUAUGUGGAGUCCACUUAUGAUCAGCCCAUGCAUGCUUCCAAUAAGCCCACAGAAUGGUUAACUCUGUUCAUCUUUGUGUAGCACUCUGCUCCUCCACCAAAGUACAGUGUGAUGGCUGCAAUGUGUAUUUUACAGAGCUGAGUUUGUAUUGAUUGAUAUAGAUUGUAUGAUCUUAACACCAGAUGUAUGAAUGAGCAAUGAUUUUUAAAAAACAUUGUGGCUCUAAUCUUCUGUUUUACAAACGGUGUAAAUGCAGGCAACAUGGGUUCAGCACAGCGGCUUGUUUUCUGUGUUUUGUUGAGUUUGAUGUAUGCGACUGGUGUUUCCUGCUCAGGAAGCAACACUGGCAUCGGCAAGGCCACGGCUCUGGAUCUGGCAAAGAGAGGAGCCAGGGUGAUCCUAGCCUGCCGCAACAAGUACAAAGCUGAGGCUGCUGCUUUCGACAUCCGGAGAGAGAGUGGGAACAACCAGGUGGUGUUCACGCAGCUGGAUCUUGCGAGUUUCCAGUCUGUUCGCUGCUUUGCUGAAACCUUCCUGAAGACUGAACCCAGACUGGACCUCCUCAUCAACAACGCAGGUGUGAUGGGUCCAGGGCACACGGAGGAUGGUUUCGGCAUGGCGUUUGGGGUCAACCACCUGGGUCACUUUCUGCUCACCAACCUUCUCCUGGAGAAGUUGCAGCAGAGCGGUCCCGGUCGCGUGGUCACGGUGGCUGCACUUCUGCACCGCUUUGGCAGCGCUGACUUCCCUCUGCUGGCUUCCAAGAAGGACUCUGUGUCCAGUCAGUCCACCUGGCACAACAUUCGAGCCUACUGCAACAGCAAGCUGUUUAAUGUGCUCUUCACCAGGGAGCUGGCCAACCGGCUGGAGGGCACCAGUGUCACCUGCUACAGCCUCCACCCAGGAGUCAUCGACACAGAGCUGUGUCGCAGUAUGAGCCUGUGGAUGCAGCACCUUGUGACGCCCUUUGCCAAGCUCUUCUUCCUGGAUCCUGCGGGGGGGUCCCAGACCACCGUGUACUGUGCCCUGCAGGAGGGCAUCGAGCCUCUCAGCGGACGGUACUUCUCUAACUGUGCACUGCAACAGGUGGGAGCCAAAGGACGAGAUGAUGCCCUGGCAAAGAAGCUGUGGGAAGUGAGCGAGAGGUUAACCGGUUUAUCAUAACAGACUGAGUCCUGAUCCAGUGUGAUCGCUCUGUGCCUCAGCAGAGUCCUCAUCAGGUCUCCACAGUCAGUGGCUUAUUAUUGGUCAGUACUUCUCAUGGUCUUAUACAUGUACCAUGUGAACACAAAGCAGUGCAGUCUUUUGCUAUUUCUACGAACUGUAUAACUUUACACUUGUGCCUGUUGUUUAUUUAAUGGCAGUUAUUAACAAAGCCACGUUUUCUUACUCAAAUGUUAGUCCAGUGGGAAGAAGAUAACUGCUCCAUCAGACCACAAAGUGGCUCAGAAAGUUUCAUUCCUGUGCUUGAAGUAAAUGCUGCUGGCAGCUUGGUGAUGCAAUGACUUCUAACUGAGGCUAUACGUCUUCUCAGUUAAUUCAAGGGAAUGUGCUAUAUUUAUAUUUUGUGGAGCAGCUUCUACUGUGACAAAGGAGGAAUGAAUACAAAACAGCUAAUGCAACUCAUCUAAUAUGUCUCAAAGAAACCUCCUCCCAGCCGGUGGUGAUGUAGUGCUCUGAGAGGCUUGUCAAAGACUUCAUCCCCUCCCCGCUACUUCAGUCCCUGGACCUGUUGUAGUUUUCAUACAGCUCCGACAGAUCCACACUGCCCUGGCCCACCUGGUCACCGGGAGAGGGAAUUAUGUUCAAAUGCUGUGUGGGCUACAGCACACUCUGCUACUCUGUGUGGCUGGAUCUUCAGCUUCCUGACAGGCAGACCUCAGGCGGUGCGGGUUUGCUUCCACCUGGAGAACUGGUGCCAGGAAAACAACCUCUCUGUGAAUAUCAGCAGCACCAAGGAGCUGACAGUGGACUUUAGGGAGAAGCAGGAGAGGAACUCGAACAGGGCCCCAGUGGAGAGGGUGGACAGGUGUUUGCAUCACAGAGGAUUUGUCAUGUUCCUCUCACAUGAACCCCUUGGUGAAGAAAGCCUGUCAGCACCUCUACCACCUCCGAUGCUUUAGGGAAUUCAGGCUGCUUCUAAAGUCUUUCUACACCUGCAACAUAGAGAACGUCCUGACAGGCGGCAUCAACGCCUGGUUCAGGAACAGGACUGAGAGGGGUUACAUGGCCCUGCAUCUGAUGAGGAACUCUCAGUCUACAAGACAUUUACAGCAGGAGGUGCAGGAUGAGGGCUGAGAGGAUCAGAAAAGACCUCCAUCAUCCCAACAACAGACUUGUCUCUGGUGGCCAAAACAGAGAGGAUGAGGGGUUUCUUCACUCAGGCCUAAACUUACCAUUUUAUUGUUUUACUGCUGCUUUUGUAAAAUAAUAUUGUGCUAUACUAUUUUAUCUAUUCCAUUUUUUAAUA